GCUGCUUGAGAGGAAUUGGGCUGAUCUGGACUGGGCCAGGGCAUUACCCUGAUUCCCCAGGGUGGGCGUGUGGACACCAGUGGGGGCUUCCAUUCACGGCUCUGCCCUUCUUCUGGCCCUCGGCAGGACAGAGCGGGAUGCCACCAGCUGGUCCAAGGGGAAGCUCCGCGAACUCCUGGUGGGCAUUGCUGUGGAGAAUGAGGCUGGCUGUUGCGAAAUCAGUGAGCUGAAGCAGGUGGAAGGCGAGGCUUCCUGCAGCAGCCGCAAAGGAAAGCUGAUUUUCUUCUAUGAGUGGAACAUCAAACUGGGCUGGAAAGGUAUAAUUAAAGAAUCUGGUGUGAAGCACAAGGGGUUGAUUGAAAUACCCAACCUGUCUGAAGAAAAUGAAAUAGAUGACACUGAGAAUUUACAAUGGGAAUGAUUUUACCAACCAAAGCUAUGGCAACCCAGGAAUUGACUGUUAAAAGGAAACUGAGUGAGACUACCUUGCAGAUUCAGGCCUCCUCUCCAGUGGCACUGGGUGUAAGGAUUCCCACUGUGGCACUGCACAUGACGGAACUGUUUGACACAGCUAUUGAGCAGCUGUACAGAAUCUUCACUGUGAAAGAUUUAACAAAUAAAAAGAUCGUCAUGAAAUGGAGAUGUAGGAACUGGCCAGAAGAACACUAUGCAAUAGUUGCACUGAAUUUUGUGCCUACUCUAGGGCAGACAGAAUUACAAUUGGACUGUAAAGGAGUUCCUGUCUGUGAAGAAGAGAACAUGAAAUUCUGUUGGCAGAAGCAGCAUUUUGAAGAAAUACAAGGUUUACUGCAGCUGAUCACCCUAAAUGGUUGAGUUAGAUUUAGAUUUUAUAAGGGCAUUACAUUUUGUAAGCAGAAAAAGUGUAACGUUUACCUCUUUCCUCUGUCAUUCCUUUAAAAAAAAGAAAAUAAUUUAUAUUGAAUGAAAUCCAUGAACUUACACUUGAAAGCA